AUGCCAGAUAAGAAAACGGAAAAAAACUUUAUUUCUACCGCAUAUCAAGUGAGGGCAGCUGUUGGAACAGCUGUUGGUGCAGCUGCUGCCCGCGCGAAGAUGCUUGUGGACCAGGAAGAGCGAGAGAUGGAGCUUCUAAUGGCGUCCAUAAUUGAAACUCAGCUAAGAAAGAUCCAAUACAAGAUCAAACACUUUGAGGAGCUAGAGUUGAUCAUGGAUCAGGAGUACACCACCAUACAACAAAUAAAGGAGUCCCUGAUGAAGGAAUGGCAAACGGUCCUGGAGCGAGCAUUUCAGACUGGAGCACCGCUUCAGAGGGACGAAGUGCUCACAAGGCUGUUCCUGGACAGGUCUACUCCAUAG